CAAAACACAUGCGAUCCCUUUCUACCGUCCUCACUAAUAUUGGUACCUCUAAUGGUGGCGGCAGAGGUCCUAAUACUACUAUUGGCAGCGCUAAUGGUGGCGGCGUCUGUCUUAAUACUAAUAUUGGUAGCGCUAAUGGAUGCACCGUAUCCGUUAAUACACCUCCUUCAUCCUUCUCCUCCUCCUCAAUUCCACUUCAGUUCGGAAAUUUAAAGUAUGACCCAUCAUUGCUCAGUACUAGUAACCUCAAAUUCCCCAUUAACCCACCACAACUUACCUCAUCAUCGUCAUCGGAGGCGCGCAUAUCUAGCUCUGAUUUCCCUAAGUUGCAACAUCUUAUCAAGCAUGCCAUCGACGCAGGUCUUUUGCGGAGCAAAUGCAGAAACUGCGGUAACUCUGUUCAGCAUUGUUGUGAACAAACCUUACUCAAACCAGUUUCCUCUCUCCCUCCUCCGCCUUCUAAUUCAUAAUGUUUUACACGAUGUUCUCCGUUAGUUAUUCGUGCAAUAAUGCUUUCUAGUUUCUACAGAUCUCGAUCUUUUUUAUUUUAUGGAGCUCUUCCAUUUCUGUGUUCUGUAUGGAUCUAGCUCCCUCACAGGAGGUAAGCCUGACUCAAGUUAGAUCGGAACUUUCAUUUGAUUAAUCAAAAUGUCAGUACACAAAAU